UUGUUUUUCAUUGUUUUGGCAUAAUUUUAUACUUUCUGGUAAACAACUUAUUAUUUAGUGGUUCAUUACCAUCCUUUGCAACUGUAUUAUUGUUCAUGGUUAGGUUGCAAGUUAAAAUGUAUUGUUGGAAAGAAAAGGUUUUCGAUUGUUGAUGUGUGUGAAUCAACGAAAAAGCAUCAAUAUUAAUCAAAUGAACUAAUACGCUUUAUGGAGACAGUUUAGAUUUUUGUUUGUUUUGCUUUUUUUUCCUUUAUUUAUUCAUUUAGUCCAUGUAUUACUUAUUAUGUCUUGUGUCUCUUCAUGUGCGAGUAUGACUUUAAAUUUACUUCUUUGUGGUCAUUAUUGGAGACUAUGUGAACCAGGUUUUACAAAAUCGCCUCAUAGUGCAUGUUUGCAUAUGAAAUCAAUAUUAAGCUUUGAAAAGGUUGAAACUAAGGGUUAAUGGCUAAAAUCAAUAUUUACAUGUCAUUUUAAGUGAUAUUUUUGCUCGAAUUUGGUACUGCUGUGUUGAAAUCUAAAAGCAGUUUGUAAUUUUGAGGAAAUUUGAGACGGCGGGAGAUUUGAGAUGGCAGACUUGGCAGUGUGGCAUGCUGUAGAAAAAUCACAGAACAUUUCUUGUCAUUUUAAAUCUACGGCUAAGAUUAAAACUUCCCUCACCCCAAACGACGUAGCUUUAUAACAGGAAAUAUAACAGAGCUGUCUUCCUCUUCCUCUUCCUCUUCCCCAACGAUGAACUUGUCGUCGGAAUGGAAGUCCCUCUUCCCAAUCUCCACAGUCUUCGCCCCUCCGCUCCUCCUCUCAGGCCCUUCAGCCAAACCCAUCCUCGGCCCUCUCCUCUUCAACCCUGUCCCCCGAACACUGACUCUCAUAUUCUCCUCCCCUUCCCUCUUCCUCCGCUCUCUCCCCCCUCCUCCCCACCUCUCUCUGCCAAGAUUCCUCCUCACCUCCUCCUCUCUUACCCACUCCACCUCCUCCUCCGUCGCUUCCCUCCUCGGCCCCCUCCAAAACGACGCCGCUUCCCAUCUCCUCCACAACCACCUCUCCUUCCUACAACUUCCCUGUUCCAACUCCCUCCUCGUCUUCUUCCCAACCGGUGCCAACUCCGAGCAAGUCGGGUUCUUGGGGCUGUCCGUGAACGGUUCGGGGUCGGGUUUCGACGUUCGGCUCGAUAAAAACGACGAUGUUUUCUGGGAAAGGACCGGGUUCGAGUAUCGGAUUCUCAGGAUCUCGGCGAACCCGGUGGUUGGUUCGGGUGCGAUUUCGGCAGGUAAUUCGGGUUCCUUUGUUAGCGUUGGGUAUGUGAUGGCUUCUACGUUGUAUUCUGUGCAUUGGUUUGUUGUGAAGGUUAAAGGGCUUGGUUUGAGUUUGGAGAGGCCGGGUUUGGUUUGUUUAGGGAGUAAGGUGUUUAAGAGUUGCUCUGUUGCGUGGGCUUGUUGGAGUCCACAUUUGCUGGAGGAGAGUGUGGUUCUGUUGGAUAGUGGCGAAUUGUUCUUGUUUGAUUUGGAGUCUUGUUCGAAAGCUGGUGCUUCGAAUGCACGUUUUAGAGGGACUAGGUUGCGGGUUCCCUGGGACGAUGAUUCGGGUACCUCAGGGUCUCAUAAAUGGUUGUGUUGUGAGUUCAGUUGGCAUCCUAGGAUUUUGGUGGUUGUGCGGUCCAAUGCGGUUUUUUUGGUCGAUUUGAGGUUUGAUGAAUGUGUUGUGAGUUGUUUGGCCAAGGUUGAGAUGUUGAGAUUGUAUGCAAAUGUUAAAAACGAACGGUUCCUUACGUUUACGAUGGUUGAUUCUAAUCGUUUUUGUUUUGUGUUGGCUUCGGAUAGUCUGUUGCUUCUUUGUGAUGUGCGGAAGCCGAUGGUGCCGGUUUUGCAAUGGGGUCAUGGUCUUCAUAAACCUUGCUACAUUGAUGUGUUUAGAUUGACAGAAUUGAGAUCAAACUCGAGGGAUGAUACAUAUAGGUGGGCUUCAGAAUCGGGUUUUUGCAUUAUAUUGGGAUCUUUUUGGAAUUGUGAGUUUAAUCUCUUUUGCUAUGGACCUACGUCGCCAGUCCCCAGAGAUUGCAUUGCUUCUGAAGUUUUGGAAGCUUUGAAAACUGUUUAUGCAUGGGAGCUCCCUUCAGAGCUCUUAUUGUCAGGCCGUGAUUGUCGAUGUGGAAGCUGUCUUGUAAGAGAGGAGAUUUUGAAGGAUGAUCUUCCUGAAUGGAUUGAUUGGCAGCAGAAGAAAGAAAUAGUUUUGGGUUUUGGCAUCCUAAACAAGGGUUUAUCUCCGCUGCUUUGUGGGUCAGAUGAAUUUGGUGGUUUUACACUGAUAAGGCUUAUGUCUUCAGGGAAGCUUGAAUUACAAAGAUAUCAUGCCUCGUGGGAUUCUGUAAGCAAGUCGAAAGAAUUUCAUAGAGAAUUGUUGCAUUUUGAAGAUAAUUUCCUCUGUAUUCAGGAUGAAGAGGAAUACAGAUUUCCCAGAAGAUUCAAAUACCUGAAACUCGAUAACCUCUUGGCAUAUUUAAAUGGUAACCUUAGUAAAGUCCUGAGUUCAAAAAUGAAAAAGCCUUUUAAGGGUACUCGAGAGAAUAACUCUUUUAGUACAGAAUCUCAUGAAAUCUUGUGCGAGAAGUUGAAGGCUUGUGGGUUCGGUCGAUUGAGAUCAUCUCCUGCUGUUGCUGUUGUUUUUAAUUGCAUCAGCUCGCCAGCAAGCAUCCAUGAGGUUGCUUUGAGGAGAUUGUGGGCAGGCCUGCCAAUGGAACUAUUGCAACUUGCCUAUUCCAACUACUCAGAGUUCCUUGAAGUACUUGUGGACCAGAAAAAGGUAGCUUUGGAAUUUCUAGUUGUUCCAGACCUACCUCAGUUGCCACCUUUCUUCUUAAGAAAGCCUUCAUGCCGUAGCAAUAAGUGGUCACAGAAAGUUCAGCGAGAUGAUGCUCUUGUAGGUCCAGUUCUUCCUCUUCCUGUUCUACUUACACUUCAUGAAUAUCGUAACGGCUAUUCUGAUAUGGAAGAAGCAGGUGGAUUUUCAUUGGAGAAGGAACUUAACCUGCGAUAUGAUGAAGUCAAGCAGGUGGCCAGUGAAAUGGCCGUGUCAGAUUCUGGUUGUGAGCUUCAUGAUGGCCCUGAUGUAUCCCUUGCUGAUGACAGAGAAGAUAUGUGGGGCGCCUCUCAAAAACCAAAACCUUUCUGUUUAUACCAUCCAGUUGCAGUCAAGUGCUCUACCAUGGAUCAAGGGAGGGGAAAUGUCUUUGAAGACACGAAAUUUGAUAUCAUGAUUUUUAAAGUGUCUGAGAAGAAGCAUGUUCCUAAUGGCAACGUUUCUGACCCGCACAAAAGGCGUAACGAUCUGGGCACUGUCUUAGAGAGAGACUCGAAAACUGUUGGACCAGAACUAUUUGAUGAUCUGUGCUCCAGCGAGUUGCAGUUUGAUGCUUCUGUUAAGAACUUUGGGCCAAAAGAAUUGAAAGCAUACAAUGGUUUGAAGAGGCAAUGGUCCAAAUGGCAAGAUGGUUUUAAUUUAUAUCAGGAAUUUUGCAGUCCGUCUAGAUUCCAAAAGCAAUCUACAUGAUUCUUUGGUUAUCUCCCCAAAUUUUGACACAUUUAAGGCCUGUUUGCAAGUUUUGUUCUCUCAUGGUUCUCUUUGGUUUUAUUUAGGAAGAAUGAAGAAAGAUUACAUGUGACGUGAAAAAACUAGAGAAACUACUGUUGUACAAAAUACAUGAAGAAAGAUUUUUAUUUAUCUGGAGUAUUGUAAGAUAAUUUUAGUGAAAAUCACUCAACAAAAUCACUCUCUCAAUUCCCUAAGCUUUACUCUGCAACUUGCGUGGCUUGUUCUCUAUGCUAAAAAAUGCGGCCUUUCUACAAUUCCUUUCCUCAACUGGUAAACCAAACCCAGCAAGCCAAUGCUUCCACUAAUACGCCUCCUCAACAGUUAUGCCAUCUAAUCCUUCCCUUGUAAAUUCUGUAAUUUAGUGCUAAAUCCUAUGCAAUUUCAACCCCAGUUUGGCAUGAGCAAUGCUCAAACACAAGUUCUCUUCAGUAAUUCCAAUGCCCACUUGAGCCCGAGUGUGUGGCCUUCCAUAACUCAACCUUGUUUCAUUAAUGGACCUACCCAUCUUCUUCCUUUCCAAAAUACUCGUCUGGGUAUGGGUAUAACCCAUUUGGGUUCUCAACCGGGUCAGUCCCUUUUGGCACUUGGUCCCAGAACAGUGUAUGCAAUAGGAACACGGUUGCAGGGUUUCUAGGUCAUGGACAAUUCUCCAAUUUGGCGCAGAGUGCUAAUCAAGUCAAUGUGUCUCAGCCUCCUUUUGUGCAUAAUUUUCCAAAUUUUCCUCAGCAACUCCAUCAGAAUAUGGUUUUGCCGAAUGAACAGUACAGUUUUCCAAACAUGUUUCAAAAUAUGAACCAACUUGUGCCCUUGCAAAUGCCAACUUCUUCUCAAGUUGGUCCUUACAGCAUCCCUCCCUAUCUAUUGGGUGGUCUGAAUCAACCACCUCAGGCCACGGUUCCUCAAAAUCCCACCUUCAUGGCAAAUAUGCAGUUUGGUCUUGUUCAUUGCAAUCAGGUUGGGCAGCAAGGUAACCAGAAUCGGCAAAACUUGGCUCCACCUACAACGGAUGCAAAUGCAUUAAAACCAUCACCUAUUGCGGCUCCUCAAUUACGAGGGAACUCAUCUGUGCCUCUCAAUCAGCAGUCUAAGGACUUGCAAACUUCUGUUUUUACAAGGUCACAGGGCAAUCCUUUUAAGAAUGGUGGGAUUAAUGCUGCAAGCUCCAACUGGAAAAAUUCACCAAGCAAAAACUUCACAAGGAAUCCAAAAAGAGGGGCACCACAAGGGGGAAGUCUCAGUUUCAUCAUAUGAAAAAUGAAAAGAGAAAGUUUGGGUUUCCUAAUGAACAGAAGGGGAAAGGGUUUAGUAGCAAUGAGAGGACAGGAAAAUUUGGUCUCGCUAAUUCUACCAACCAAGCCAGGGAGUGGAAUAGCCACUCAAGGAGAUUCUAGCAAAGCAGACUGAAUUGGGAGUUGAAGUUGCAGAGGUAACCAUCAUACUAUCUCUCGGAUUCAGAGAAGUAAUGGCGUGGAAGGGAAGAGAACAGAAGCCAGAAGGCAUUGACUAAGAAGGAGAGAUUCCAAAACAAGUUUAAUAAAAGAGGAAGACGUGACAAAAAAGACCGGUUUUCCAAGAAGCAGAGGUUAGCAGACAAGGAUUCAUCGAACGCGGCUUCUUUGAACAAAAGAAUGCCAACACUACUGCAGAAACUUCUGAGUGCCGAUAUAAGCGGAGACAAAAGCCGCUUGUUGCAGGUUUUUAGGUUCAUGGUGAUGAACUCAUUUUUCAAAGAUAUGACUGAUAAACCUCUGAAGUUUCCUUUAGUAAUGGUUAAAGAAAGUGGAUGUGAGGAUAAUGUGGUUGAAGAGAAAUCUCCUUCCGUGGGGAAAGAUGUUGAAGGUAGCAUCAUGACCAUGAUUAAAAGAUCUAAUGACGAUAAUGGUGAAGAAGAAAAUGAUGACGACGGCGAUGCCGAUGAUAAUGAUGAAAAUGAUGCGCAAGUAAAAGAAGCGUCUUAUUUUGUUAGAAGAGAAUGUAGUAGUAUUGGUGAGGGAACUGAGAGACCCGAUCGAGGAAGAAGAGGGUGAAAUCAUUGACUAGAGGUCUCCCACUUUGAGCAUUGUACUGCUAUGUAUGAAGUUCAAGUUGUCUAACAGUUCAAAUUUUUUUAUAGAAUUUGGAGCUGGAGCUAA